UUGUCCUAAAAAUAGCCUUUUUCAAACACGUCAGUUAAACUUCCCAAGCUGUGAAAUUCAACUAAGAUUUACCUGGCUUUUACAUUUUGAACAUUUAAAUCGUCAACCAGAUUGCAAACGUUGACACGUAUACACGCAUGUGUGCUUACAGAAACGGACGCCUUAAGAACAGUUUUCAAGUGUUUCGAAUAACAAGUCGCCUAUGUUUGUGGUAAGAAUGGCAUCUACAGUUGAAAAACGAACGAAUGAUUACACAUUUAUAUUGAUUGGGAAAACUGGAACUGGGAAAAGUGCCACAGCUAAUUCCAUCUUAGGGCAGAGUUUGUUUGUAGAAAGUGACAGCAGUGAGUCGCAGACAGCGAAACCUGCACACCAUCAAGGAACAAACUAUGGCUACACCGUCACUGUUGUAGACACACCUGGUUCCAUGGACACCAAGGUCAACAGUGACCAGGCCAAAGAAAAAACGUGCAGAGAAAUGGUGGAAGCCGUUGGUCUUUGUCCAGAGGAUGGGAGGCGAUGCCUAGUCUUAGUGCUGAAAUAUGGAGAGCGUUUUACUGAAGAAAAUAGGCAAUCUCUUUACAUACUUACAAAUGUUUUUGGUGAAGAUUUUCUUAAAAAGUUUUGUAUUAUUGCUAUAACGCUUGGUGAGCUAUUUAAAAUGAAUAGAGGCGGGUCAGAUGAGACAUUCACUGCCUGGUGUAGGAGUGCCAAGGGUGACUUAAAGCAGUUGUUUCAGCUUUCUUCAGACAGGGUUGUUUUGUUUUCAAACAAACAGAAUCUACCAAAUGUCAUGGAGCGACAAUUCAAAAAAUUGAUUAGCUUCGCUAAUUCUUUGGAUGCGAGCUAUACUAAAGAAAAAUUUUUGGAAGCAAAACCCCGACAUCAAAGAUUAUUGUUGGAGGCCAGACUGCCAGAGGUAGUCACGCAGUUCCAGACACGCCUUAGUGAGAUCAAAGGAGACACGGAUGAUUUGUAUCAAGAGCAUGAAGAGAAAAAGAUAAAGCCGGUUCUAGACAAAGCCUUAAAGCUGUUGGCACAGGUCGACCAAGCAGACGACGGUGUGUUCUAUGCACCAGGUGAGACGAGUCUCCUGCAAGACACCAGGUCUAACUGUCUGCGGGUUAUUCAACGCUUUCAGAAAUUUCUCAAAUACGCCAGAGAAUUUCAAACCCUCAAGGAACUGGAAGAAAAAUUAAAGAAACUACAAAAUAAACUGUGGCAAUACACAUUUCAAGAUUGUCAGUUAAAAGAUAUCGAUGUAUUUGAAGAAGAAUUGAGAAAACAUGAAGAAACAAUCGACAUAAUCAUGCAAAAAGACAUGCCAGAAACUUGUGAAGGAGAAUCAGAUAACCUAAAACCACCUGACUGGAGUGGGUUGAAGGAGCAGAUGCUUGAUUUACGUAACAAUAUCUUACGUUUCAGAGAGCAAUGUAAAAGAAAACAAAUCGAAGUUAAAAUCAAUUCACUACAGAACCGCUUAGAUAGAAUUACUGUUGAAGAAACCAACCCACAAGCUGCACUCAGCGUCAAGGACGACGCUCAAACACUGUUGCGGUCUAUCGAAACUGACGCGACGCUCACUGAACUAGUGGACAAGCUCAAAACGCUAAUUUCAGAUGCCAUAAAAAAAGAGGAGGAUUGCAAGAAUCGGUUUAAAAAUAUACUAAUACAGGGAGCUGUCGAUGUGGUAUUUGCUGUUGCCGGUGGGGCAGUUGCUGCCGCAAGCAUCAGUAAACACGCUGUGGCCAAAGUUAUUACCAAAGCAGGGCCGAGCGUAUUAUUAGCUGGGAAACGUGUAGCUGACAUUAUCUUUCGUACAACAUUAAAAAAAUAAAAUGGCUUGUAUGCCGAGAACAGCACUUGGGAGCUCGAGUGCGAGGGGUGGAAGGCGGUGCAAGGGUUUAGAAGACAUUAUGACUACGGUGUGAAGGACGCCCAGUACUCACUAUUGUGUUGUGAACUGAAGCAGGGCCGGGUCGCGUCCCCUUGUUCAGUCAAGCGUGUCCUAAACCCCGGAGAACAGGCCGACACGGUCAACCUAACUGCUAGUGACGUCAUGACGGGUUUCUACCGUGUCUACGCUAAUAACCAGAGCUUUUUUUACAGGAAAUAUUGCACUCUUUAUAACCUAACUAAUUAUUAAAAUGUAACUGUUUAA